AUGUCAACAAAUAAAUCAUUAAAAUCUCGUCGUCGUUUUGAAAAUAAAAACGAAAAAGAAUUAAUAUACGAAGAAUUAUUUCCACCUUAUGAAUCACUUUACAAAUAUCACAUUUAUUUUAUCAAUGCCUUAACAUCUGAAGAAGAAUUAAAAAAUGUAUGUGAUAUUAUUAAUGGUAAAACUGAUUUUAUAUUCGACACAGAGUCUGAUAUACAUUCAAAGACACCUGCACUUAUUCAAGUUUUGAUUGUACAAGAAGAUCCAAAACCGCUGUUGGUUUUAUUAAUUGAAACGACACAUUUACCUGAUAUAUCAUCAUUACGUUUUCGUGAAAUUCAAAAAUUAUUUCAAUAUUUAUUUCGUACUGGAACAAAUUUAUAUUCUUGGGGUCCAUUAACAGAUGAAUUAACUCGAUUUCAAAUUUAUCAAUUAUUUUCUUUACCUGAUCCUGCACGAAUAUUUAAUGUACAACGUAUAUUUACAAAAUGGUUUAAUGAAUAUAUUAAUAAAACAUCUAAUGAUAAUAAUAAUAAUAGUAAUACAACAACAAAUGAUGAUUCAGUUAUUAUCAAUGCACCUGAAAUUGAUCCACAAUUAUUUUUACCACCAAUAAUGAUGAAUGAUCUUAAAGUUAGAAACAAUGAACUAUGGAGUUUACAAGAUGCAAUCGCAUAUAUUUUUUAUAAAUACCUUUCAAAACGAGAAACAUUAAGAUCCUGGUCUAUUGGUUUGGACAAACGAUUACCAUCACGUAAUAAGAAUUACUCAUUAAAUUAUCGUAAACGUUUAAUUCAAUAUGCAUCAUAUGAUUGUUUAUCAUUACUGGAAAUAAUAUUAUUUAUGUAUGAAAAUUAUUUAUUUGAUCAUCCUGUUAAUAAUUUGCAUAUUCAAUCUUUAGGGGAGUAUUUUUCUUAUGUAACUACAGAUUUUACUUCUUUUUCUUCUUCUUCAGCUAAGAAUCAUCACAUGUAUGAAAAAUUAUUCGACGAUGACAGCGAUGAUUCUAUGACAGUUCAUGAUUUAGAUGAACGUCAUCAGUUUUCAUCUGAAGAUCAAAUAAAUGAACAAUAUCUUGAUAUUACUUCACAUUCACCUGAACAUCAAACAAUUGAACCAUUUUCUAAUUUUGAUCAACAUUAUCAAGAACUUGAAUCAAAUUAUGAUAUUAAUGAAAAUCAACAAGUACUUCAACAACAUUAUGAUAUUUAUCCACAGCAACAAGAAAUUGAUUUUUAUGUACCACAUGAUCAAUAUUUAACAACUGAUCAGCAUCAUUCUCAACAAACUAAUUAUCAUCAUGAAAUUGAAAUUAAUUAUCAUGUACAAGACAAUAAUCUUAAUGUUAUUUCUAAUUCUUCAGGUAAAACAAAAACAAAAUCAACAUCAAAAAGAUCCAAAGCUGCACGAGAACGACGAAACAUUAAAACUAACAGACGACAUCGAAGGAAUCGAUACAAAUUUGAAAUUAUUCGUCCACUCAACACUACCAUCGCCAAUGUUAAAAAAAUUUUACAUUCUUAUGCUGUACCAUAUCUUAAUGUCAACCCAGUUCAAUCAACAUUAUAUAUUGAUUUAAAAUCAAAAGACUUUCAAGAUUAUUUUGAACAAUUGUUACCGAUGGACAUAUUUUUGUAA